AUGAAUGGAGAGUACAAUGGAGUCCAGGCAAAACUUAAAGAACUGCUUCCAAGGCACGUUCAUACAUGGUGCUAUGCUCACGUAUUGAAUCUUGUACUGCAACAAACUACUUCGAGUACGGUUGUAGUAAUCUCUUUUUUCGGUCUUCUGCAAGAAUUAUUUGUUUUUUUUAAAGAAUCUUAUAAAAGGCUCGAUGUUUAUGAAUGUCAAAGUAAUUCUGGCCAUCAAUCACAUUUGAUAAAUAUAGGUGUAACUAGAUGGAGGUCUAAAAAUGAUGCCCUCGUAAAAAUAUUUGGUCGUAUUAGUAUGUGGACAAAUGAAGGCGAAAAUGAAGAAAGAAAAAAACUGACUUAUGUGUCAAUUGUUUUAGCACUUUAUGAAAUAUCUUUUUCUAAUAGUUUUGCAGCUGGUGUAAGAAGUACAGCACGAAGUUUACUAAAUCGACUCACGAGUUAUGAAACAACAUUAACAGCUAUGAUGUUUCUACAAAUAUUUAAGUUCACUACUGCUCUGUCUGAUUAUUUACAAACAUCUAGUCUUGAUUAUAUACAGGCCUGGCGAAAAAUUGAAGUAACUAUAAAGUCAUUAAAAGAAAAUCAAAGAGAAUUUUCAUCGAUAAGUGCAGCUGCAAAAGAAUUUUCAAUAUUUACAUCCGAAGUUAUAUGGAAACACGAAACAGAAAUUGAUAUUGAUGUAGCCUUGUUUACAAAGUAUCAAUUACCAUAUACAAUUUAA